AUGAACGUGAAUAUGUUCCAAGCUGGCGACAAUGUCGCCGCCACCGAUCACUCAGACAUCGACAAACUUCCUGUCGAGGAGCUUCCCCUACCUUCUGACUUUGUCUGGGGCGGCGCAACCGCCUCAUAUCAGGUUGAGGGUGCGGUAACUCAAGGUGGCCGUGGUCCAUCCAUCUGGGACACGUUCACGCAUCUGGAGCCAUCCCGAACGAACAACGAGAAUGGUGAUAUUGCCUGCGACCACUAUAACCGCGUGUCUGAAGACGUGGAUCUAAUGGCUUCAUUCGGCGUUGACGUCUACCGGUUCUCGAUCUCUUGGUCGCGCAUAAUUCCCCACGGAGGACGCAAUGACCCUGUCAAUAAUGAGGGUAUUGCAUUCUAUAACCGCCUCAUUCACUCUCUUCUCGAGAAAAAUAUCGAGCCUGUUGUUACCUUGUAUCACUGGGACGCGCCACAGGGGAUCUACGACAAGUAUGGCGCGUUCUUGAACACCGCCGAGUUCAAGGCCGACUUCGAACGCUACGCUCGUGUCUGUUUCUCGCACUUCGGCGACCGAGUCAAGAAGUGGAUUACAUUCAACGAGCCAUACAUUAUCUCCAUCUUUGGUCACCAUACUGGCGUCCUGGCUCCGGGUAGAAACUCCUCGAAUGGUGGAGACUCGCGCACCGAGCCCUGGAUAGUAGGACACACUCUGAUCGUUUCACACGCAUCGGUCGUGCAGAUCUACGCGUCGGAAUUCCAACCCUCCCAGAAUGGAACCAUCUCGAUCGUUCUAAACAGCCACUUCUACGAGCCUUGGGACCCCGACAGUCCGAUCCAUAUCGACGCUGCGCAACGUCGACAGGAAUUCUACAUUUCGUGGUUCGCGGACCCCAUCUUCCUCGCAAAGGAUUAUCCAGCCUGUAUGCGCGAGUUUCUCGGCGACCGACUUCCCCAAUUCACUGAGACCGAGCGCACCUUACUCCGUGAAACAGCCCAUCUUAACACGUUUUACGGUAUGAACCAUUACUCCACUAAAUUUGCCCGCGCGCUCCCCGAUCCCCCCGCUCCCGAUGAUUGCACGGGUAAUAUCGAAGAAGGACCCACGAACUGUCGGGGCGAGGAAGCGGGUCCGGUGUCGGGGAUGGCAUGGCUUCGUGUAGCGCCGUAUGGGUUCCGGAAACUGUUGAAGUGGGUAUGGGAGAGAUACCAGCUGCCGAUUAUUAUCACCGAGAAUGGAUGCCCAUGUCCUGGGGAGAGCGAGAUGAGUAAAGAAGAGGCGCUGGAUGACCAGUUCCGCGUGAGGUAUUUCGGACUCUAUCUGGAUGCAAUCUCGAGGGCUGUCUAUGAGGAUAGGGUACAGGUGAAGGGGUAUUAUGCUUGGAGCUUGAUGGACAAUUUUGAGUGGUCGGCUGGAUACGGUCCGAGGUAUGGUAUUGCGCAUGUUGAUCGGACGACCCUGGAGAGGACACCGAAGAAGUCUGCAUGGUACCUGAAGAAGUCUUUCGAUGAGCGGAGGGCGAAGGGGAGGAGCAUUUCUUGA